UGCCAAAUAUCUGUGGAUAAGACGGCCCUCCAGCCCCAGAGCCCUCCCCCCCCGCCCGAGGGUCUUUUAUGCGCUGCCUGGAGCUUUGCUCCUCCGCCUUUGCAGCUCCUCAUCCCUCCGUGUGGUGGUCACCCUCCUCCUCGGCCAGUCCCGGGCACCUGCCUGUGUCAGCAAAGAGCCGCCUGCCCAGCCAGGCCCCUGUACCUGACCGGGAGCCACGAAGGCAGAGAAGCCCAGGGCAGCCGCCUCUCCCUUGCUCGUCUUGGGGAAGGACCCCCGGAGCCCCUUCGCGGCAGGAUGAAGUGGCUCGGCCUGAGCUUGGCCGCCCUGCUGCUGGCCUUGGCCGGCCCCGUGGCCCGUGGCGAGGAGGGGCUGGAUUUCCCCGAGUACGAUGGCAUCGACCGGGUCAUCGACGUCAACAUGAAGAACUACAAGGGUGUCCUGAAGAAGUACGAGGUGCUGGCGCUGCUCUACCACGAGCCGGUGGGGGAGGACAAGGCUUCGCAGAGGCAGUUUGAGCUGGAGGAGCUGAUUCUGGAGUUAGCAGCCCAAGUCCUGGAAGACAAAGGGGUCGGAUUUGGCCUGGUGGACGCAGAGAAGGAUGCCGCGGUGGCCAAAAAAUUAGGGCUGGUUGAGGAAGACAGCAUCUACGUGUACAAGGAGGACGAAGUCAUCGAAUAUGAUGGGGAAUUUUCAGCCGACACCUUGGUGGAGUUUCUCCUUGACGUCCUGGAAGACCCUGUGGAGUUUAUCGAUGGAGAAAACGAGCUUGAAGCCUUCGAGAGGAUCGAGGAUGAACCCAAACUCAUCGGCUACUUCAAGAACGAGGACUCUGAGCAUUUCAAGGCCUUUGUAGAUGCUGCUGAAGAAUUCCACCCUUACAUCCCUUUCUUUGCAACUUUUGACAGUAAGGUGGCAAAGAAACUGUCCCUGAAGCUGAACGAGAUUGACUACUACGAGCCUUUUAUGGAGAAGCCGGUCACCAUCCCGGACAAGCCGAAUAGCGAGGAAGAAAUAGUCCAGUUCAUGGAAGAGCACAAGAGGCCAACGCUGAGGAAGCUGCACCCAGACAGCAUGUACGAGACUUGGGAAGACGACAUGGAUGGCAUCCACAUCGUGGCCUUCGCAGAGGAGGAUGAUCCUGAUGGUUACGAGUUCCUGGAGAUCCUGAAAGAAGUCGCCCAAGACAACACAGACAACCCAGAUCUCAGCAUCAUCUGGAUCGAUCCCGAGGAAUUCCCAUUGCUGAUCCCUUACUGGGAGAAAACCUUCGACAUCGACCUGUCCCGGCCUCAGAUUGGUGUGGUCAACGUAACGGAUGCCGACAGUGUCUGGAUGGACAUGGAUGAUGAGGAAGACCUGCCCUCCGCAGAGGAGCUGGAAGACUGGAUUGAGGAUGUGCUGGAAGGAGAGAUAAACACCGAAGAUGACGAUGACGACGACGACGACGACGAUGACGAUGACGACGACUAAGGGCUGGCCCUUCCCAUUUUUCGUGCAAGGCGGGUCCUGUCUGGGGGGCUCCACCCACCUCAUCCUCCGGCACCACCGCUGACCCCAAAGCAGCACAUUCGGCCUGCACGAAAACGCCCUGGCCCUAGCAGGAAACAUUUUUAUAUUGAUCUUAUUUACGUCCAAGGCCCUCACCGCAGCCUGACCAGGUUCCCUCCAUGCACAGACCCCCCCCCCCCCCAGGCGCCCCUGUCUGCCCUUGACGAGGGCGGGGGAGAACUGGCUC